AUGCGACCACCUCUUUCUUCCUCUUGUUCAAAGUGCUCUUCUUCUUCUUCUAGUUAUUCACUUGCUGAAACGAGAUUGAAAAGCAGACUCUUGACGAUAUUCAAGAAAGCUCAGGAACUUAUGACUCUCUGUGAUAUCGAAGCCUGCGUCAUUCAUUACGGACCAGACAGCGAACUCAAGACAUGGCCUGAGAACAGAGACAAAGUGAGAUCCCUCGCUCUCCGAUACAUCCAAUUAGACAAAGCCAAGAGACUCAAGAAAAGCGUCGAUCUUUAUGGGUUCCUCAACAACAAGAAGAAGAAGACGGUGACCAGUUUGAAGAAGAAUGUUGAUGAGGAAUUAAAGUAA